ACAGUGGUCCAGAGCCGACGCACGCGGCGGGACGCGUGGGGUCGCAGACGGCUGUGGGAGACGUUGCAGUGAGACGGUUUGGCUGAGGACGGUUUGAAGAUUGGACUACACAUUUGCGUGCAUGGUGUAGAGCGCUUACAGCGGGUUUCGUACUUCACUGCCGACUUGUGUUAGUGUCCUUUUCUGUGGCUCGUCUCUGUGACACCUCUCAGAGCCCACUAACCGCCGAGCCACGCGGCUCGACCUCCCACCGUUCGCCGAGCGUUCCGUCGUCUCCGACGGCCGUCGGUAGCGGCGGCUGGCGCGUGCGCGGCCUACCUGCCCUCUGGUGCGCGGCUAUUUUUAAUCGCUCGCUCUCGGCGUCUUCUGGCUGAGAAGUUGGCCGCCAUGGUUGUUCGCGAGCCGUUUGCCGUGGGGAGAGGAGAGCCACUGCUGGUCCGGGGAGCGACUCCGAUCGACAUGACAGAGGUAGCAGCAGAGACGGCAGCCGGGGACAACAGCCCACCGAGCUGUGUAUCACCGGCCGCCCGAGACAGCGACGGCGGGCUGACCUCGCCAGGCCUCUCAGAGGUCAACUCGGGGUCACCGAAGACGGUACCGGAGUCGCCGACCGAUCAGCAGGGGUCACCGCAGAAACAGCCGGUGCCGCGCGGCUACAUCCCCCCGGCGCUGCAGAACUGUCUGCGCUGCGACGCCUGCUCCUGUAUCUACCUGGACGAGCUGGACUACUACAAACACGUGCGAAACUACCACUCGUCGACGUCGCAGAGGCGGUACAGGAAAUCGGGCCAAUGUCGGACGUGCGUGUUCACUAAGAUCGAGCCGGACCCGGCUCCUACCCUGAAGGCAGCGCAGCAGAACCAGCGGCGCUCCAACAGCCCCGUCAAAAUAAACGUCCUGCAGAAUAACGUCAAGAGCCGCUGGAGCCGCAUGUUCGGCAGCCGCCUCCGGAGCCAGAUGACCCCACUCAGCACCAACCUGAGGGCCAUCGACCCCAGCCGCGUGCCUCUCAAGAGCAAGGUCAAAAUGCAGGCCGGAUUGCAGCCGUUCGUCGUCAGGGAGCUCGACGCCAAAAUGCAGGAGAUGAAACAACAGCGCGCAGCCGGCAGCGAGAAGGUUGAUUCUCCCGGCGAGCUGUGCGGUGGCGAUGAGAGCGACACCUAUAGUGGCGACUGUGGCGCCGCGAUGCAGGUGAAGGAGGAACCAAGGGACCAGGACGAGUGCGUUGAGCUGUUGCAACAGGUGGAGGUGCGAAUCAAAACCGAGCCCGAGGAGACGGAGGCGUGACCUCGAGCAAGUGAAAAGUGCUCCUUCCCGUGCGUGCCUUCGUGUGUUGUUAGCGUUUGAAGGACAUUGUUAGAUGGUGGACAAAUCGCUGAGACACCCUAUUCGUUCAGCGUAUCUGUCAGUAGCAAAUAUGCUAAACAUCAUGUGUCAGCCAGUGUCAGCUUGCUACCAAGCAUGAUAUUCUAGUCACUAGUCAAAGUUGUUUGUAAACUGAUCUUAAAUGCCUUUUCCUGUGUGCAUGUUCAGUUAGCGUAAGUUAUUGACGAGCACAAUCGUAAAUGCGUAGAAACAACUGGUCAAGAUAUUUCAUUUUCGAAUGUUGAUUUCUCAAUAAUACGAACACCGAGCUCAAGCUGUUGAGGACGAGCCGCAUAUUGUUGAAACAAUGCAAUAUUUGUUUCUUGGUUGAAAAUAAAAUUCGGUUAUGGAG